UCACUUGUACAGAAACUGCAAACGUUCAUCUGAGAGACUGUAAAUGCAAGAGGUUGAAGGAUACGCAGCUCUAUUUAAUUCUGGAGAAUCAGUAACGACAAGUUGACAAGAUACCACCAAUCACAACGAAAGUAACUUACUUAACUGGCGGGAGACUACCGCUGAGGCUCCUAAUGGAUGAUGAGGAGGAGGACAUGUCUCUUCAGCAUCCUGCCUCACAGUGCUGGGGCACCCCCUUCAGGGACAUCAAGUUCCACACCAUGGACAGCAGAGGGUCCAGAGACGCCGGGGACAGAGGGGACACCCAGGACAGGUCUACACAGAUGUCGACCGGACCCAAUGCCAUUGUCCCGCGGUCAGAGGGACACAACAACAACACUUUGCCCUGUGGGUUGCAGGACAAUCACCAGGCCAUAAUGUGUCUCCAUGGCAACACUGGAUUCUGUUUGCACUUCCCAGCUCAGUUUGAGCCUAUGGACGAUCCGGGUGAGAGGCAGAACGAUGAGGGGGAGGGUAGGAGAGAGGACGACGAGGAGGAGAGAAGGAGAAUGGAGGAGAGACUGGAUGAAGAGCGGGUGGAGGAUAGCACGGAGGUCAGGAUCGGACGUAAGCUCCGGGAGAUCGGAGACCAGUUCCACCAGGACCAUGUUCAACUGUUCCUGCGGCAUCAGAGGGAUGUCCUGCCAGUCUGGAUGCAUCUCACGAUGGCUCUCUAUGGCUUCCUGUUUAACAGAGGGCCCCCUGCCAUACCCCGUCUGAGAGGACAGGAGAGAUGAGGGAGUACCUCGCACACAAAAAAACCUCUGCCCGUCUCAGAGGGCCCCCCCACGGCCUCAUUUUGCCCCCCUGACCCCUCCCUGACCCCCCCCUGACCCCCCCCUGACCAAAACGAGGCACCAGACUUUUAGAUGUAUGAUGGGACACGGGGUUUGGAUUCCUUUUUUUGUUGUUUUUUAAAUCAAAGAAGAAGAAGAAGAGAAGAAGAAAAAGAAGAAGAAGAGAAGAACUGGUUCCUGCUGGAUGGAGACUAGAAUCAUCUCUCCGUCUCUCUCUCUCUCUCUCUCUCUCUCAGCCAUGCUGUUAGAAGACAGAUAUUUUCUAAAAUAAUUGUAAAAUAUAAAACAAUUAUUAUUAUUAUUAUUAUUUUUUAUAUAGAUGAGAGAGGUCCCUUCAAGAAAAGACUUUAUGGUGAACUUGUAAUCACUCACUUUACCACGAACUUGACAAAACUUCCAAUGUAUUUUCUGAACUAGCAGAACUCCACGUAUCUCGAUGUUUCACACUGGUCUAUAUUUAAAAGAAGGGAAAAAAUGGUUGUGAUUUAAUGACUCUGGUGGUGGGGUCAUCGAGACGAGCGCUGUCACUAUACGUGACUUGACGAUCUCUGGUGUAGAUUGAGCUGCGUCGUUUUAGCCUAUGCCUGUGCCGUCCACCGGCAAUUCAGUCUGAAGUGGUUUUAAGAUUCAGUCUGAAUGAGAUCAAGAUUCAGUCUGAAUGAGAUGAAUGACAGGUCUGUUUUUUUUAUUUAAUUUAAAUUAUCAACAGGAUAAUUUAACAUAUGUGUUCUUAAAGAUCCUAAGAUUAUAUAGGUCUGUCAAAGUUGAGGACAACUUUUUGAUAAACUCUGAUUGGAUUUUCAGGAUUUCUUUACCUGGCAGGAUUGACAAUCACAAACAACAGACCCUGUGACGAUACAAAUGGUAGUCUCUUGUUGCCCUAUGGGUCUGCUGGGGGGUGAACCCGUUUGGAAGGCACUAUUGAAACCUUAGGAAUCUAAUUGCAGUUACAAUCCAAUUUGUAUGCCCGGGACAAUGUACUGUAUAUCUAAUAAUGCAAUCAAUCAAUCAAUCAAUCAAUCAAUCAAUCAAUCAAUGAUGCUUAAUGAAGGCUAGAUUUGAUGACGUCACCCAGUUCCAUCGAAAGAGAUGUGACCUCCUCACUCUUUAUAACUCUUAUCUUAGCCUGAAUCCGUUUGGCAUCGACACGGGUUUUAUGAAAUAGACAAUGAAAAUGUAUUCCUGUGUUGGUAUGGCUCAAUAUGUUCAACAGAGGAACGAAUGCACACAGAGCUGUCUCGGUACUGAAGGGUUGAGUCCUAUAUGACAACUGUCCCAUUUUUUUUUUUUGUUUUGUUUUUCCCAGAAAGGUUUUGUACAAAGUAGUUUUUUUAUUUAACAAUACACACUGAUACCGUGCCACCAUUGGUCUUUACUGGGGGAGGGGGCUCAGUUCUAGUGAGUCCACACCUCCACCAUGUCUGCUCCUAAAGUCCAAUAGGAUGUCAGCGUUUUGAUAUGAAACCAACCAAUGAGUGAACAGGUUCUUAUUCCAGUACAUAAGACAAUUAUAAUAUGAAUGUAAUUAAAUGAAGACUUUGAUGGGUUAAAUCUUGUUUUUUUUUAUGUUCUUUGUCUUUUUCAGGGAGUAGUUGCUGAGUCAUUCUACAGCCUUCCUUAAAUGAGUGUUUCUGUUCUACAUUAACAUGAUGCGCAUAUGCAAAUUCCUAAUGAGAAUAACAAGCUUUGCGUGCGUUUUGUACUGUUGAUUCUAGAACAUCCUUCUUCCCACAUGACGUCACCCGAUCAACAGACUAUUGUUUCUGUUCCGAUACGUCCCAAAUGGCACCUUGUACCCUACGGGUAUAUAGUGUUCCACUUUUUAACCAGGGCCCAUAGAGAAUAGUGUAUCAUUUGGGAUGCAUCUGUGUUCUUUGAUGGUUAUCUGUGACGUCAUUGACAGAAGGUUAAAAUGUCAGAUUUCACCACAGACGCUGUUCUGUUUUUUGACAUUUCUCAAUACAUUUGAAUAUUUAAAACACCUCGAAACAAGCAACAUGACAAGACCAGGGAAAGAGAAAGUUUGAGCCCUUUGGCUCAGAGAGCCAUCUAUCUCCUCUCUCUUAGCCAUCUCUCUCUCUCAGCCAUCUCUCUCUCUC